AAGAGGGGUUGAAAAUGGAGUCGCCUCUGAUACCAGUCAGCAUGAAUCAGCCUUAGGUCCCCUGCUCCCAGAUCCUUCCUACCUAACAUAGGUAGGAACAUUCUACAGAAUUCUAUUUUUAUUACAUUCACACUGAAAGGGCAGAAUCUCUUAAAUCAAAACCAUCAUCAUGUCACAAACCAGACUAUUUUCCAACCUUCAUUUCAAAAUGACCACUAUCACCUUUUCCUGCUCUUAGGCAGUAGAAUAGGGUCCGGAGGCAGAGAACCUAAGGCCCAUUCAUGCUGACUUCCUAGAACUAAAUCAAAAGGAAAACUCCAACUUUCCAAGCCCAAGUAACAAAAGAACCAGAGGCUAUUCCCUUUGCAACCCCCUGCCCAACCUUGUAGGCCCUUGGUAUCUGGGCCUAGUCUUCAUUUGCAUAGGAGUACAACUUUGUAACUUAACUUAGCCUCUGAUUGGUUGCAGGCUACUCCUUAAUUUACAGAGGGUGUAAACCAAGUAACAAUUGGGAAAUCGCUAGCGGAUAUUUAAACUCCAGAAAAGCCUGUAACCAGGGCUCUUGAGCCACUGGCUGGAGGCCAUCCCACUCUGUAGAGUGUACAGUCAUUUCAAUCUCUGCUUUCCUUGCUUCAUUCUUUCCUUGCUUCAUUCUUUCCUUGCUUUCUUUGUACGUUUUGUCCAAUUCUUUGUUAAAAAUACCAAGAACCUGGACGACUUGUAGUCAAGACCCUCCAUGGGUAACAUUGGGACUAUAUCAAAGCCUUAGAAAUCGUGGAAUGAUUUUUCAACCACAUUAUCUGAUUCUAAUGAUGAACAGACCUGUAGACCGGUCUGAAUCUUGGAAUUUGCCUAUCAAAAAACUCGGCUUUCCCUACUUCACAGGUCUUUAGAAGCGCAUGUCUAACAAGGCUCAUAUUCCAUCAUUGGGAUCAAAUUGCUCACCGGAUAGUAAAAAGACACUACAGAAUUUCAGGGGUUCUCGGCCAAUGAGGACUUCUGAAUUAUGUAGAACGGAUCAGCUACUAAGCAGUGUUCUAUCUUCCUACUCUUCUAAUCAAUUCUCAUCCCUUAAAGCCCUGCUAAUUCUAGAAAACAAUCUAUAACCUGUUAGAAUCAGCGCAAGCUGGUGAUGACUACAAGUCCCAUGAUGCAAAGUAUGAGCGCGGACCAAUGAUGGUCGUAGUUCCUUCUGGGAAUUGUAGUCUUCUAAUCUCCUGUUUGGCAAACUAGGUAUUGUAGCCUCCAUUUCUCAGAAGUUCAGUUGGGAAACUAAAGAUAGUGCAGAGAAUGUCGAUUUCCUGCCACAAGAUUACAUUUAUCUUCGCUACCUGAGCGCCCAGCCGAUCAACUCCAGUCGCUCCUCCCGUAGGCGGCCGCCCAUGGCGUGACAUCACUUCCGGCAAAGAUGUUCCAAGUUCGGCCCCUCCUUCCACACGGCAAGGAUCUUGGUCCCGGGCAGAGACUGGCUGAGGCGGGGAGCAGUUGCUUUUGGGGCGGGGGUGUCACGUGAGGCUUCUCGCUGCUGAGGGAGGAGGCGAAAAGCUGCGGUUAAGGAGAGUCCUGUUUAACCGUCACCGGGAAGCGCGCUUGUUCGGGAUCGCGGAGUGGGCUGAGGAGUCCUUAAAGACAACUGGGAUUAAAAGAAGGGGUUUGAGAUAGUGAAUUCCUAAGAAGAAAAUAAUGGAUUGCAUAUUUGUUGUUCUCUAAGUGGACUCAACAGUGUGCAAGCUUGUUGCAAAAGCCAAAAGAAGAUGGCAACUCCUUAUGUCCCAGUUCCUAUGCCCAUAGGAAACUCUGCUUCCAGUUUUACAACCAACAGAAAUCAAAGAAGUUCUUCUUUUGGCAGUGUCUCAACAAGCUCAAACUCUUCUAAGGGCCAGUUAGAAGACUCAAAUAUGGGUAAUUUUAAACAGACAAGUGUUCCUGAUCAAAUGGAUAAUACUUCAUCAGUCUGUAGCAGUCCCCUCAUUAGGACUAAAUUUACAGGUGCAGCUUCUUCCAUUGAGUAUUCUACUAGACCAAGAGAAACUGAAGAACAAAAUCCAGAAACAGUUAAUUGGGAAGAUAGACCAUCUACACCUACUAUACUGGGUUAUGAAGUGAUGGAAGAAAGAGCUAAAUUUACUGUGUAUAAAAUACUAGUAAAGAAAACCCCAGAAGAAAGCUGGGUAGUUUUCAGAAGAUACACUGACUUCUCUAGGCUUAAUGACAAAUUAAAAGAGAUGUUUCCAGGUUUUCGACUAGCACUUCCUCCAAAACGCUGGUUUAAAGAUAAUUACAAUGCUGACUUUUUAGAAGAUAGACAAUUAGGAUUACAAGCGUUUCUUCAAAAUUUAGUAGCUCACAAGGACAUUGCUAACUGCCUUGCAGUGAGAGAAUUUCUUUGUUUGGAUGAUCCACCGGGUCCAUUUGAUAGCCUAGAAGAAAGCAGGGCAUUCUGUGAAACUUUAGAAGAGACAAACUACCGCUUACAGAAAGAACUACUUGAAAAACAAAAGGAGAUGGAAUCACUAAAGAAACAGCUCAGUGAGAAGCAACUUCAUAUAGACACUUUAGAGAACAGAAUCAGAACAUUGUCUUUAGAACCUGAAGAAUCACUGGAUGUGUCAGAAACAGAAGGUGAACAGAUCCUAAAGGUGGAGUCCUCUGCACUUGAGGUUGAUCAAGAUGUCCUGGAUGAAGAAUCUAGAGCUGAUAAUGAACCAUGCUUACAUUUUAGUGAACCUGAAAAUGCUGUAUCAGAGAUAGAAGUAGCAGAAGUGGCAUAUGAUGCUGAAGAAGACUAAUAAUAUAUCACAAGCAGUUCCCUCCAUUUAGACUAUUCAACAAAUUUAGAAGAGUGGCAAAUACUAUUUUAAAAGAAGAACCAAGAACUGUAAAACAUAUAGAAAAGAGCAAGAAUGCACAUGUAUAAAGUUUACAUAAAGAAGUUUUUUUAAGUUAUUGAGAUAGGAAAUAUAUGCACGGCUGCUUUUAAUUGUAUUUUAUCCAAUUAUAUUUAAUACACUAAAAAAAAAAACUUGUUGGAAUUCUGUUAUCAAGGCCCACAUUCUUAAAUACUGUGCAUAAAUUAUUAUGGUGUUCUGCCUAUAUAUUGCUCCAAACUACUGUGUAUAUAUGUAUGUGUGUUAAAUCACCAAUUAUAUUAAUCAAAUGGAAGUUAAUUGCAUGUUACUAUCUGGGUGAUAUAUUCUUCUUUAUAUCUCUGACAUGACAUAUUUUCAUUAAUAGUUUAAAUCAGUGACCAUCAUAAUAAAGAUAAAAUUUAGUUGAGUUUUUAAUGUUUACAUGUUUACAUCUCUAAAUAAAAUUCGCUUAUUUGAAAUGUUAAUGCUCUUUAGAAAAAAAAAUGACUUUCUAGUACCAAAGGAAAACUACUUGAAAGAGUUGUAAUCAUAUAGCUAAAGUGAUAAGGUAGCCUUGAUUUUAAAAGCUGAUUCAUUAAUAUCAAAAUACUUUAAUAAGUGUCACAGUUAUUAAUAUGUUACAUUUGUUUAGUUUCCACGUAAUCUUUAUCUCUACCUAGAUUUAGUGAGUUUGCCUCUUUCAGAAUACUACCUCCUUUUGUUAAGGCAUAUUCUUUUGAAAAUAUACAUUCUAAAUAAAUAGGGGCUUAUACGAAAAAGAAAAUAAAAAGCCAUAUAUACUGCAAAGUUCCUAACUGGCUUGACUCCUGACAUUGCAUUUUUAUUUCUAUAUGUGUGAAGAUGUUGUUAUACUGUAUUAUGGCUGAUUUUCUUUUUAAUAUAUUUAGCCAAGUGAUGCACUUUAUGAUAAUUAAACUCUUUUGUGCCAAGUUUAAUUGGUGGAUUUCUUUAGUAAGUAGAGUUAGGAAAGAAUUAUGUAGUGCCUUUACUAUUUCACUUUCUACAAAAGUCACCUAGGGUCUUUGAGUCAGCUUUAUGAAAAAAUGUCUGUUUAUUUCAGCUUUGUGUACAGUCAUUAAAAGUGCCUUGUUUCAUUUUUAUAGGAUGAAGUUAUUUAUUUUCUGUUUUCACUGUUUUGCAUAUUGCUGUUAAUAUGCAUUGUAAUCAUGCUGGCAUUUUGCAAUCCCAGUCGGUAUGCUUUCUAAAAACUGAGGGAAACUUACUGGGGAAAUAGAAUAACAAUCUCUAUUUUUUUCUUUACUAUCUAAAAGUUUAUCGGUAUCUUGAUGUAUAUAUUAAGGUGUGGCUGUUUAAAAUUCUACUGAUAUAUAUCAACACAUUCAAUGGCUGUUGUUAACCUUUGAAGUAAAAAGGAGAUCACUUUUUACCAAAUAACCAAAAAUUUUUAGUCUUUGUUAAAGUGCACAGGGAUGCUCUCAGAACAUUUUUCACAAUGUGUAUUAGAAAUACGUUUGCUAUCCUUAGAGACAGAAAUGAAUAUAACAAAUUGAUCUGCUUAUUUAUUAAAAUUAUUAUUCUAGAUUUACAAAAGGCUUAAAAAGAACAAUCAUUUAUUCAGUACCAUUCUGUAUCUUAUAUAACAGAUCUUUGCCAAAUUCUAGAUAUUAUAGUGUUGCCUCUCUGUUCUAAAGUGAACCACCCACUUUUUCAAUCUGGCUUUUUGGAAGAUUGUAUUUAAAAUUCUUCAAGGAUGAAGAAAAAAAUCUGUUAAUUAGGUAAACCACUAUUAUUUAUAUUUAUAAUUUACUUUUUUUACUUUUAUAAUGCAUUUUACUCCCAGUAUUAUGUUCAUUUAAUAAAUUAUUUUUUCACUACAA